GGCUGAUGUCCCGCCCUGACAACAACACAGACCGGCUUCCUAAGUCGAGGAAUAAACCCAGACAGCGUCGCAGGGCAACUCCUCGUUCAUCUCGCUCGCCCGAGCCCUCUUCCGAGCCUAUGCCAAAAAAUUCAAAGUAUCCAGCCGUGUCGUCCUCCAUAGAGUUAGAAAGUAUCCGUGUUCCACCGCGGACACCAAUCAACGGCGACGCAUGGGAAGAACAGGAGCUAACACUCCUCAACGAAGAUGAACGAAGAGCAGCUGCUGUCGGUGAUGGGGACCUUUCCAGGCCUCGGCACAAGGGGGGUAUGUCGACGCAAGACAAGCGUGGCAUGGCACUACUCAUCGUACUAUACCUCAUCCAAGGAGUGCCACUGGGGCUUGCAUUAGGAUCCGUUCCUUUCCUUCUUCGAGAACACUUGUCAUAUUCGCAGCUUGGGAAGUUUGCAUUGGCUGGAUAUCCUUAUUCUCUAAAGUUGUUAUGGUCUCCAAUAGUCGAUUCCUGUUACUUCCCGACAAUUGGCCGAAGAAAAUCGUGGAUCAUCCCCAUGCAACUCGUUAUAGGGACUUUAAUGUUCUGGAUGUCGAACAACGUAGGGCUACUCUUGGAAACGCCGGCCGACAAUAUCAAUAAACUCACCUUCAUUUUUACUGCUCUCGUUCUGCUCUCCGCUACUCAAGAUAUUGCGGUUGAUGGCUGGGCCCUCACGCUCCUGUCGCAAGAAAAUAUAUCCUACGCUUCCACGUGCCAAACAAUUGGCCUUAAUACGGGGUACUUCGCUUCAUUUACUGUCUUUCUUGCUCUAAACAGCGAGGCAUUCGCAGCGAGAUGGGGCGUUCCUGUCCUCACUUUGUCGGGCUACUUAAAAUUCUGGACUUUCGUCUGCUAUGCUGUCACUCUUUGGCUUGUCUUCGUGAAGAAAGAGGAAAAGCCCUCGGCAGCAGACGAGGACAUGGAUCUUGUAAAAGUUUACAAGCUCAUAUGGAGUAUCUGCAAGCUCCCACACGUCCAGUCCCUAUUAAUAAUGCAUUUUAUCUGUAAAGUCGGAUUUCAAGCAAAUGAAGCGGCGACGUCUCUAAAGCUCGUUGAGAAAGGGCUUGGUCGCGAGGAUCUUGCCCUCGCAGUGCUUAUCGACUUCCCCUGUCAGAUCCUCUUAGGCUACCUCACCGCGCGCUGGUCAUUGGGUGAUAAACCACUGCGACCCUGGUUUGCUGCAGGAUGGGUGCGCCUCGGGUUCGCUGCCUUGUGGGCGGUCAUUGUUUCAAAAUUCCCCAAACCGCCUAUCAGUCAUUCAUAUUUCAUAUUCCUCGUGUUAAUGACAGUGCUACAGGGUGUCUCGGUGACAAUACAGUUUGUAGGAAUCAGCGCGUUUCAUACGCGCAUUUCGGACCCGCUCAUUGGAGGAACGUACAUGACGCUCCUGAACACGUUCACAAACCUCGGUGGAACCUGGCCCCGUUAUUUUGUGUUAAAGGGCGUCGACUUCUUUACAAUCGCGACCUGCAAGAUUAAUGAUGGUGGGAGCGAGACAAUCCUUGAGGCAACCGAAUGUGUCUCUGAUCUAGGCAAGGCACACUGCGCAGACCUCGGCGGGACAUGCGUGACAGAACGAGAUGGAUACUACAUUACAUCGGCUGUGUGUGUGACACUCGGCAUAUUAAUCCUUUCGAGCUAUGUCAUUCCAACUGCGCGGCGCUUACAAUCUUUACCAGCGAGUAAAUGGCGCGUAAGCGUUUCGAGCUUAUGAGUGGAGAGUGAGGGUGCUUCUUGAUGCAUAUGGCGGUGUAGACCUUGAGUUCGUGGUGAUAAGACGAGCAUACAGUGGAAUAUAGAGCGGUCCUUGAUUUCGUUCAAAUGAAAACGGAGAGUCUAGAUGCCUUCCAAGUCGCCGCAAACAGGUUGACGGUCCGCAAGGCGACAUAUUGUCGAGGCUUCUUGUUUAAUCGUUAUGCUCUUUCGUGUACUCGCCGCACCCGUCGUCUGGAUAUAUCUCCUCGGUGCACCAAACUCAGUUCUCUGGAUGUAUCGCCGUCUAGAUGCCUUAUGAC